AUGGCGGACAAUCAAGCGAACCGGUCGCAUCGGCCGGCUAAGGAGAAGAAGAAAUAUGAAGGAAAGAACCCAAAGGCUUUUGCCUACUCCAACCCUGGAAAGCUCAACAAGCAGGCCGCGCGGUCCUCGGAGGUCAAGGAAAAGAGACUCCAUGUCCCCCAGGUCGAUCGCAUGCCCGAGGAGGCUCCUCCGACGGUCAUUGCGGUUGUUGGACCCCCCGGUGUCGGAAAGACUACCCUCAUCAAGUCGUUGAUUCGUCGUUAUACCAAGCAGACCCUCAGCUCACCCCAGGGUCCAUUGACCAUCGUUACCUCCAAGAAGAAGCGUCUCACAUUCCUCGAAUGUCCCUCCGACUCUCUCGCCGCCAUGAUUGAUGUCUCCAAGAUUGCGGAUAUCGUCCUACUCAUGAUUGACGGUAACUACGGCUUCGAAAUGGAGACAAUGGAGUUCUUGAAUGCUCUGUCUACCAGCGGUAUGCCGGGUAAUGUCUUUGGUAUCUUGACACAUCUGGAUCUGUUCAAGAAACAGAGCACACUGAAGAUGACCAAAAAGCGCCUCAAGCACCGUUUCUGGAGCGAGCUUUACCAGGGUGCCAAACUCUUCUAUCUUUCCGGUGUGAUCAACGGUCGUUACCCCGAUCGUGAAGUGCACAAUCUCUCCCGUUUCCUCUCAGUCAUGAAGAACCCGCGUCCUCUUAUUUGGCGUAACUCCCACCCUUACGCACUGGCAGAUCGCUUUCUGGACAUCACACCCCCAACCAAGAUUGAAGAGAACCCCAAGUGUGACCGUACCGUUGCACUUUACGGUUAUCUCCGAGGCACCAACUUCCCGGCUAAUGGUGCCCGAGUGCACGUGCCUGGUGUGGGCGAUUUGACCGUCUCUGGUAUCGAAGGAUUGCCGGAUCCAUGCCCGACUCCUUUUAUGGACCAGCAAAUCGCCAAAGCAACUGGAAAAUCUUCACGACGCAAGCUGGGCGAGAAGCAGAAGCUGCUCUUUGCUCCCAUGUCUGACGUGGGUGGUGUGCUGGUCGACAAAGAUGCCGUCUACAUUGAUGUCAGGACAAACACUUUCAACCGGGGCUCAGAUGAUGAGGAGUCAGAUGACGAGAACCGGGGCUUAGGCGAGCAGCUCGUGGUUGGUCUACAGAGCGAGCGUCGCUUGCUUGGUGAGGCUGACCAGGGUGUUCGUCUGUUCCGUGGUGGUGAGGCGAUCUCCAAGGAUGCCGAGGAUGAAGGCACUGGCCGCAAACAGCGGAGACACGCUCGACUAGCUGAUUCUGAGCGCGUCCAAGCUGCAUCAGACGACGAGGAAAUCGAAGACGGUGAAGAUGAGGAAAGUUCUGAUGAGGAUGACGAGGGUGACUUUGACGAAAACGAUGAUGAUGAAGAUGAAGUCGACGUAUCAGCGCCAGCAGACUUCGAGGAUAGCUUCAAGAAAAGACAGAACGCAAACACUGACGGUGAGGACGAUGACGUCGCUUUUGCCGACAGUGACUCCGAUAUUGGCUCUGUCUCCGGCGAUGACCAGGAACUGGAUAGCGAUGAAGACGAUGAGGAUGAAGAGGGCAACGCUCGCUGGAAGGAGAACAUGUUGGAAAACGCCAAAGCCCUCCAUGGCAAGCGGCCAGCCUUCCGCGUCAGUGAUCUGUCUCGCAUGAUGUAUGACGACUCUAUCGCCCCUGCCGAUGUUGUGCAAAUCUGGCGUGGCGAAGACAACGGCGAUGAAUCGGAGGAAUCAGACAUCGAAGCUGAAGAAGCCGACGACUUCUUCAAAAAGACCAACAACGAGAAAGACGAUGAGGCCGAUAUCCGCGCCGUUCCUGAAUACGACUACGAUGAGCUUGAGCGCAAGUGGCGUGAUGAGGAAUUGAUCGAGUCGCUCAAACAGCGUUUCGUUACCGGCAAACUUGGCGGUGGUGGCUCGGACGAUGACGAUGACGAUAUGGACGAUUUCGAUGACGAUUCGGAUGAUGAAGGUGAUGGAGCCUUUGAGGACUUGGAGUCAGGCGAGGUCUUUGACGGAUUCAAGGAUGGUGAUGAGGAUGAGGACGAUGACGAUGAUGAAGAGGAUGCGGAGCCCGAGGGCCCCGUAGACUUGGAAGCUGAACGUGAGCGCAACGCGAAGAAGAAAGAGGAGCUGAAGCUUCGAUUCGAGGAAGAAGAUCGCGAGGGCUUUGGAAAUGCCAAAGACGGGAAUCGUGAUGGUGGCGAUGGGGAGUUCGGCGAGGAUGACUGGUACGAUAUGCAGAAAGCAAAAAUGCAGAAGCAGGUCGAUAUCAACCGCGCCGAGUUCGACAACCUUGACCCAGCCUCUCGCGCUCGUGCUGAGGGUUACAAGGCCGGUACUUAUGCACGAAUCGUUCUGGAGAACGUGCCAUGCGAGUUCGUUGAAAAGUUCAGCCCUCGUUUCCCUGUUAUCGUCGGAGGACUGUCUCCUACCGAGGAUCGCUUCGGAUAUGUUCAGAUUCGCAUCAAGCGUCACCGUUGGCACAAGAAGAUCUUGAAGAGCAACGAUCCCUUGAUUUUCUCGCUCGGUUGGCGUCGCUUCCAGUCCAUGCCCAUCUACAGUACUUCGGACAGUCGGACACGAAACCGUCUGCUCAAGUACACCCCUGAGCACAUGCAUUGUACCGGUGUCUUCUACGGUCCCCUUGUAGCCCCCAACACCGGUUUCUGCUGUGUCCAAUCCUUCUCCAACAAGAAUCCUGGAUUCCGCAUUGCUGCGACUGGUGUGGUUCUCGCCGUGGACGAGCACACCGAGAUUGUCAAAAAGUUGAAACUCACCGGUGUGCCGUACAAGAUUUUCAAGAACACCGCUUUCAUCAAAGACAUGUUCAACUCUGCCCUGGAGAUUGCCAAGUUCGAGGGUGCUUCAAUUCGUACAGUCUCUGGUAUCCGUGGUCAGAUCAAGCGAGCUCUCAGCAAGCCCGACGGCUACUAUCGUGCUACUUUCGAGGAUAAAAUCUUGAUGAGUGAUAUUGUUUUCCUGCGCGCUUGGUACCCGAUCAAGCCGCACCGCUACUACAACCCUGUCACCAACCUGCUCGACCAGACCGAAGAAGCUGGCGGUUGGCAGGGUAUGCGGUUGACCGGUGAGGUCCGCCGUGACCAGGGAAUCCCUACCCCCAUGAACAGUGAUUCAGCCUACCGCAAGAUCGAGCGACAGGAACGUCACUUCAACCCGCUACGUGUGCCCCGCCAGCUAGCCGCCGACCUUCCCUACAACUCCCAGAUCACCAAGAUGAAGGCCAACAAGGAGAAGACCUACAUGCAGAAGCGUGCUGUCGUUCUUGGUGGUGAAGAGAAGAAGGCCCGCGAUCUCAUGCAGAAGUUGACUACUAUGCGGAAUGAGAAAUCGGCCAAGCGUGCUGCUAAGCAGGAAGAGCGGCGCCAGGUUUACCGCGCCAAGGUUGCUGACAGUCUGGAGAAGAAGGCUGCCCGCGAGAAGAGAGAGAAGAAUGACUACUGGCGCAAGGAGGGCAAGAAGAGAAAGAACGAUGAAGAUGGCGGUGGUGGUGGAAAGAAGCGCAGAUGA